AUGACGCGGCAGCCAGGCUGCGUUCAGUCCCCUAGCGCCUGGCGGGUAGGCGAGUGUGGCCGGGGCGAGGGCGAGUGUGGCCGGGGCGAGGGCGAGUGUGGCCAGUGCGAGGGCGAGUGUGGCCGGAGCGAGGGCGAGUGUGGCCGGAGCGAGGGCGAGUGUGGCCGGAGCGAGGGCGAGUGUGGCCGGGGCGAGGGCGAGUGUGGCCGGGGCGAGGGCGAGUGUGGCCGGGGCGAGGGCGAGUGUGGCCGGAGCGAGGGCGAGUGUGGCCGGGGCGAGGGCGAGUGUGGCCGGGGCGAGGGCGAGUGUGGCCGGAGCGAGGGCGAGUGUGGCCGGAGCGAGGGCGAGUGUGGCCGGAGCGAGGGCGAGUGUGGCCGGAGCGAGGGCGAGUGUGGUCGGGGCGAGGGCGAGUGUGGCCGGAGCGAGGGCGAGUGUGGCCAGUGCGAGGGCGAGUGUGGCCGGGGCGAGGGCUAG